GGGCUUGUGGGGCUGCAAGUUAAAAGUGGCCGCCGAAGGAGCUCGCCCUCCUUCCUUCCAGCCCCGCGAGCUGAACUCUGAAGCCCGCCCUUAAUCCAAAGGAUCGCUUUAAGAGAUGACAACGGCAGAUCGGCUUGCGUGUUUGCCGCCUGUUGACAGGGUUUCCUCUGAGCCCGGAAGCUCCUUUGGGCGCGAGGGAUUCGUGAAGAGGAGAGUGCUUCUGAGCGUGUGUAGAGUGCACCUCUCUCUCUUUCCACUGCCCCCCCCCCGCCGUUGAGUAGCCGCACCAGGGAGCCUAGGUUCGCGGUGAUUUCUGCUAGACAGGCAUGAGCCCCUAAAUUUAGAAACUUACGGAUUUAUGGAAGGCGGGGGUGAGGGAGGAAAUGUCUUUUUUUUGGUCCAGCCCUCCUCCUGAUGUGCUAUCUUGCCUAGAAACUGAAGACCGCUUAAGACAGGUAUGCAUUGGAAAUAAAGUUCAAUAAUACUCAACUCUAUCCAAAAUAAUGGUUGCCAUUUUCUGUGAGAACUGUUCCCUUUCAUAUUUUCAACAUGGCCAAGCCUCCCAUCAUUCUGAAGCUAGUGGAGCUCUUCUGCUUAUCAUGCUUGGGAAAGUCAUGCUCAAUCUAUUUUUGUUACAAGUCCGAAAACCAAAUCUCCGUGAGAGUUAUAUGGGCUAUUUUUGCAAUUCACUAGCCUUUGUUGACUUUGUACUUCUAGCAACUAUGUCUUUCAUUGCCUGUUUUCAGGAUUUCAUGCUUUUAGGCGUCCGAUUCACUGUGUAUCAUAUCUGCCUUCUGGCUCAGAUAGCAGCCCUUGCCUAUGGAAUCUUAUAUUACCCAGUUUCUUUUGUAGCUGGUUUGGAUUAUUACCUUACAAUAACCCAAACUUCCAAGCGUCCUAACAUGUGUUGGCGAUCACUAUACACAGUUGCUGUUGCCUUCACAUGGAUUUCAGUUCUCUCUUAUGUUCUGAAUCUUGCAGGCAGCUCUAUAGGACUUGAGGUAAGCCAUUCCAAUUCUGCCUACCAGUGCCCUUUCUAUACCAGCAGCCAGAGCUACUGGCUGACAGUAGGCAUGCUGAUUAUCAUAUGCCUGGUUCUUGUAUUCUGUUGGUCAGAAGUUGUGGAUAUGGUAAAAUCAAUUAAACUAAUUUCCAUCGAGAGAGAGGUUGUUUUGUUCUUCCCUUACAUGCCUGAGUGCAGCCUCAGAGACUCUGCGAAGCAUUUUUUGACAAGACUUAUUAUCUGCUUUAUUGGCACUUGGGCACCAUUUGUGCUCCUUCAAAUGCUAAUCCUGUUCCUUGGUGCAGAGAUUCCUGCUUGCGUAGAGAUGAACGUUCCCUGGCUUUAUUUUGCCAACAGCUUUAUUAUUGGAAUCACUUUUUGGGUCAGGCGCCACCAGAUUGAAAUGACAGAAGAGACUUGGGAUGUGGAUCCAUUUGUCAACUGGAAAUUCUGCUUUGCCCCAUUCAACUGGCAAGAUGAAGAGAAAACUCAAAAGCCCACCACCCAAAGUUUAAUUUGUUAGCAAGCAGCCUUGAGAGAGGAAUACUGAGUUACCAUAAUAGGUUGGGGAAAGAUUGUAUUAAUCUGCAACAUUUGUAAAUGUUUGUAGGUUUUUUUUGGGAGGGAUCACCAAUAUGUGUGAGUGGUGCUAUAAUUGUGUGCUGUUUACCAAGUUGGAUUUCCAGUAUGGGUGCUUACUUCAGAAUAAUGACAAAUUACUGUUAAAGGUGCCCAACAGUGUUGUUUGUAGUAGUAAUCAAAAUUCUGCCCUCAUCUCAUUCAAGGCUCUCAGAUCCAGUGGAGGUUACCAUGGAUGGAAGGAGGCAGUUUUUGCAAAUUCCACCUUUCUCUUGCAGCCCUCAGUGCCACCUCCCUGCUCCCACCAAAUGCUGUCCCCCAAAGGUUUCCUCAACCCUUGGAUCAGAUUUGGGGAUGGGGGCAAGGGCUGCAGAAGGAAGGGGGAAUAAUAGAAAAUUGCCUCCUAGCUCCCCUCCAUGGAAGCCUCCACUGGAUCAAACAGCUUCUAUGAAUAGUUGCAUCUGGGGAAAACACCAAUGGCUAAAAUGUUUUGAUUUGAAAAGACAGUUAAAUUGAUCUUUUAAUCCUUGAUGAUACCUGAUGGGUGCGUAUUUUUAUAUGUUUUAUUACAAAUAUUGUGUAUGUGUGUUUUAAAUUCUAUUUUCCC